UUGACCCAUGUGUGUAUUGUUUAAACUGCUCAAAUGCGACUGGCUUUUCCAGCACAACCAAAACUUCCAACAAGUCGAGCGAUGGCGGCCAUCGUGUCUGUGAGUACAAACGCCAAAGAAGAAAGCACAGACGCAGCGCUCGGCUUCGUCGCCCGUCCGCUCCACGAAAAGUACGACCACGCUGCACCCACCGAUCGCGAAAAGUGGAGGCUCGGAGAGCGCCGGCAUUCGGAGCUCGAAGCCGGCGAAGAGGUCCCGACAGUGGGACGCGAGGGUCAGCGGAGGGCCGACGAAGACUUAACAACGCUGAGCCCCCAAGAGAUUCAGAGCCGCCUGGAGAGAACUCGGCGGGAGUUUUACAACCGCAGGAAGAUUAUCAUCAAAAAUCUGCCGUGUGACGUCAGCAAUCAGGAGGUUCAUGAUCUGCUGGCCAACUAUGACCUGAAGUACUGCUUCGUAGACAAAUAUAAGGGCACAGCCUUUGUGACGCUGCUCAACGGCGAGCAGGCGCAAAGUGCCAUCAAGGAGUUCCACCAGCAUGCUCUCCGCGAUCGGGACAUCUCCGUGCAGCUGCAGCCCACCGACGCCCUGCUUUGUAUCGCCAACCUGCCGCGCUCCUUUACUCAGCAGCAGUUCGAGGAGCUGGUGCGCCCCUUCGGUAACCUGGAGCGCUGCUUCUUGGUGUACCGGGCAUCCAGCGGCCACUCCAAGGGCUACGGCUUUGUGGAGUACAUGAAGAAGGACUCGGCGGCCCGGGCUAAGUCGGAGCUGCUCGGGAAGCAGCUGGGCUCGCGCAUGCUUUACGUGCACUGGACCGAGGUGGGCUCGCUCACAUACCCGCUGCUGCACUCUAAGUGUCUCUGUGUGGACCGGCUGCCUCAGAGUGCCGUGACCCCCCAAGACCUCCGCAACGCGCUGGCUGAUGCCCACCCACCGGUUUUCUGUCAGUUGGCUCAGGGACAAGAUGGAAGUUUCCGGCGCUUCGCCGUGUUGGAGUUUGCCACGGCUGAGAUGGCCGAGGAAGCUCAGCAGCUGUCAGAUGGCCGUUUGCUGGGCGGCACGCACAUCAGAGCGUCCUUCUGUGCCCCCGGUCCACCCGGCCGGAGCAUGCUCGCCGCUUUGAUCGCAGCCCAGACCAUGUCUGUGAACAGGGGCAAGGGUCUCCUUCCGGAUCCCACCGCCAUGCAGAUCCUCUCGGGUCUCAACAACCCGGCCGCCCUCCAGAUGCUGCUCAACCCUUUGUCGCAGAGCCACAAACAAGGUCUCCUCGGGGCGGCCCCCUCCAUGCCGCUGCUGGCCAACCCGGCCCUCCCUGCCAUGCUGCUCCAGUUGCUGCUCCAAAAUCAGGCGAAAGCCCAGCAGCAGGCAGGACUCCUGCCCGAGACUCCUCUGGCCCCACUGCCCGUCCAGCAGGGAAUCCAUCUGCUGGGAGAUCUGCCUCAAGGUGGUGUCGUCUCAGGUCUGGACCCCCUACCCGCAUUGAAGCAGGCGCCUCUGAGCCGAGCGAUGGCAAGGGAUCAGGAGUCCCCCGGCUUCCCGCAGACUCCCUCUCCCACUCUGCAGGGUCUGUCUGUGCCGCUGCUGGGCGGCAUGAUGGCGCCAGACGGCCUCGCGGCGCGAGCGGUCUCCAUGCUGGGAGACCCAACCAAAGAUGUGACACCUCCCCAGACUUCCUUUCUCCCCGCCAACAAUGCGUUUCCCUCAGGAGCCAACUGCAGACCUCACCCAUACAGGAAGAGACCCACGCUAAGUAAUGUGUCCAACCAACACCUCGCCAUGCACCCCAGCUACAAUCUGCGCUACCAGGACUCUUACAAUGCAGAAUAUCCUCCUCUUCACCGAUCAUUAGCCGAGUUCUUCAACAUGGUGUUUUGUGGUCAGGAGCAGCUGCAGCACUUGUACGAGGAGCAAGAGAAUCACCACAUGGGUGACUCGACAUGCUUCGGACAGCAGCUCUCUCAUCCGUCAGACUUGAACCAGCCCCACUUCACUUUGCCGCCCAGCCCGCCCCCGUCCUCGUAUUUCAGCUCGGACGCCUCCGCUAAUGGCUGCCUGCCUCCCAGCCAGCUUAACAGGGCCGUGGGGAUGCCUCCUGUGAGCCACACCUCUGGCUACCCUCCAGGACUUGUCAACACAAUGAAGACCCCCAUCGGGAGCCACAAGCGCGUCUUCUCCCGCCUCAUCCCGUCUCCGGAGCCGAGCCCCGAGGGCGGCUAUGUGGGCCAGCAUUCCCAAGGUCUGGGCGGCCAUUACGCGGACUCCUACCUGAAGCGCAAGCGCAUCUUCUAAAAGGGAAAACAACACAAAAUGGCGCCAGGAUGUGACGAGAUCAACACUGACUGGAGGUCCUUCCAAUUAUCUCCUGUUGAAAUUAUAAUUUCCCCCCGCCCCCACUCCUUUUUUGUGUUUGUGUACAUAUAAUUUUAGUGUGUUGAUUUUUUUUUUUUUUUUUUUAAUUUUGUUUUUUAAAAUAGCGCUUUACAUUUCUUGUUGGUGGUAGUUUAUGAUGUUUACCAGCAGGGACCUUACAAAGUUAAGCUAAUCAAGUCAUUUGUUUUGUUUUUGUUUUUUUUUUUUUUUUUCCUCCUUGUUUGGCGUGUAAGCAGAUAGUUUGGCCGGUAUUUUGAUGAUGUCACUGAAGUCCGAAACUGAUGUCUUCCACACUAUUCAGAUAAAGGGAUGCCUUCGUUGUGAACAUAAACCACCCAACUCUUGUCUUUUCCUUUCAAUGCCCCCACCUGUCUUAUGGUGUGUCCACCCCCCCCCCUCUCCUUUGCACUCCACCCAACACGGCUGCCUUGACAGAACUGUAGAGAAAAAAAAAGUAUUCCUGAGCUUGUUUCAUGUCGUUUACUUGUCCUUUGAUUGGCACCUGCGGAGUUGUCUUGUCCCCCACUUUUCACGAGUUGAAUGCAUUCGGAGCGCACUAGUCACGCUGCUUGUUUUUUCGUUUGACAGGUUUUAAGCGUUUAAGUCCUCUGGCAGUCCAAACAAUUCACCAUAUUUUUUUUUUUUGAGUGCGUUUUUUUAAAAAUUUUUUUUUUUUUACGUAUUUUACUUUAAGUGAACAGUUUGAUUCUGAAGAACCCAUUACCUCCUUGCAAGAAGACGACUGACUAUCCUGAGCCUUGACACCGCCACCACCUCUGUCUUUUUAUUUGCUGUGUAAAUAGUUUUCAUUCCUUUCUCUCUUUUCCCGAAAUGUUUAUGUUCCACAGCCAGAAUGUCUUCUGGUCCGGUGCUUCUGAAUGAUAUUUGCAGCUUGUUGUUAAAAGACCGAGAGACACGGUCCAAAAACUCGAUUGACUUGAUUGUAACUGCUGUCUCUCUUCCAUGGUCACCUUUGUAAUUUUUGUGUGAGAGAAAGAGAGAAAGUAAAUGUUAUUUAAACUCAA